AUGGCUAGUGAGAUAAAUAAUCAGGAGGCUGUUGUCUCAGAUCCUCAGCCGUCGAUCGAGCGAUGUGAGGCACAGGACGGGAAGACCACUGACGUGCUCGAGAAGGGAUUAAUGGAGCACGGGUUUAGCGUUAGAGCCCCUUAUUGCAAUGAGGUGUUUAGUUGUCUUCAUUGUCAUAAUGAAGCGAAGAACGACAUCAAAGUCGAUCAGAAACUGAGGCAUGACAUGCCACGACAUGAAGUUAGACAGGUGGUGUGCUCGCUUUGUGCCAUAGAGCAGGAGGUUCAACAAGUUUGCAGGAAUUGUGGUGUGUGCAUGGGGAAGUACUAUCGCGAAACCCGCAAGUUAUUUGAUGAUGAUUUAUCAAGAGGGAAACUUCAUUGUGAUGCUUGUGGGAUACGCACAAUUGGAGGACGUGAAAACUUUUUCCACUGCAACAACUGUGGCUCCUGCUACCCUAUCUCUAUAAAGAAAAUUCACACCUGUGUGGAGGGCUCAAUGCGUCAUGAUUGCCCUAUGUGCUUUGAGUACCUAUUCGAGUCUAGACGGGUUACAACUGUACUACCCUGUGGGCACACCAUUCACCAAGGCUGCUUGAGCGAGAUGCUGCAACAUAAUCAGUAUGCUUGCCCGCUAUGUUCAAAGUCGGUAUGUGACAUGUCAGCGACAUGGGAGGCACUCAACGUUGAAAUUGCCGCUACCCCAAUGCCAGAACUAGGGGUUUGGAUACUCUGCAACGAUUGCAGCAAAACCUCACAAGUACAGUUCCAUAUCGUUUGUCAUAAGUGCUCCCAUUGCAAGUCCUACAACACUCGCCAAACAAAAAACUGA